AUGGCCGAUGAUCAAUCACAGCAACGAGGGAAGAAGGAAGAGCGUGGCCGCAAGCGAGCCAGGAAGUCCCAGAGCAAGGAUCCCACAGAAGAUGGGCCGCAGGGUGGAAAUGAAGAUGAAUUCGAGAUGACCGCACCGACGGAGUCCAGCGCGCAAACUGUGGAUGACGACGGAGGGCCGGCCGAAAGAGAGGCGAAGGGCAAGAGGAAGAGGAAGGCAAAGAAGGCCGAAGAUGUGGAUAAUCCAGAGGUGAAAGAGAAGAAGACGAAGAGGAAAAGAAGUACAGAGGAGGAUGGAGAGGUAAAGAAACGCAAGAAAAAGAGCAAAAAGGCAGAACCAGAACAAGUGGAGGAGGGAGAAGCAGAGAAACGCAAGCAAAAGAGCAAGAAGGCAGAGCAGGCGGAAGAAAAGAAUGCUGAAGCAGAAGCGGAAGAAGAAGAGCCGAAGCGAAAGAAGAGAAGGAAGAAGAUUGCUGUCCCAGCCGAGGCAGACACUGGACGAAAGCAGCAGGGAGGCAAGGAUGGAGAAUCUCGCGUAGCGCCUGAAAUCUCUCGCACAGAAACAUCGCGCACCGGCACGGCACGGCAAGAGGACACAGCAACGAAGAGGAGCGGAAAGCAGGGAAGCAAAGAGGAGCACAAAGCAGGCGUGGACCAGAACGAAGACCGCCCCCCACAACAGCAGCAUCAGCGAGCGCGCCAGGCGGCCCCGCACCAGGCCCCGGGCAGCCCGCACAGAAACAGGAGGGAGAAGCCACAGCCCUACACAAGACAAGCGAGGCGAGCGCCCGAGAGCGAGUACUGCUACAUUUGCAAGCAGCGUGGCCAUUUCGCCAAGCAGUGCCCAGCGGAGCAGCGUGCGGCAUGCUUCGUAUGCGGAAAGUUGGACCACACCGGUCGUAACUGCCCGUCCAAGCAGCGAGACGAGAAGCCCGCCGAACUUGCCUAUGAAGACCUCUUGGUGUUGGAUGCCGAGAGCGAGAGGAUGACGCAGAUUCGCCACCAGUUCAAGUCGAGCCUCAUGCCCAAGAUGAACCCCUUCUGGUGA